AUGUCGUCACAGACGCUGGGAGAAGGCUUGAUUCCAAUCAUAAACAAAUUGCAGGACAUAUUCAGCCAGGCGACGCUGGACUUCAAACUUGACUUGCCCCAGAUUGCAGUUGUUGGCAGUCAGAGCAGCGGCAAGUCAAGUGUGCUGGAGGCCUUGGUGGGGCGUGACUUCCUUCCGCGUGGUCCAGACAUCUGCACACGAAGGCCGCUUGUUCUGCAAUUGGUGAAGACCAACGACAAGUCGGGAGAAAAGGGAACCGAAUGGGGAGAAUUCCUGCACGUUAAGGGAAAGAAAUUCUAUGACUUUGAAUGCAUAAGAGAUGAGAUCGCUGCUGAGACUGACAGAGUGGUGGGAGGAAGCAAAGGCGUGUCUGACAAGCCCAUACGCCUCAAGAUCUGCAGCCCUGAUGUCCUGACCAUGACUGUUGUGGAUCUGCCUGGCAUCACACGUGUCCCUGUGGGGGAUCAACCAACUGACAUCGAGAGUCGCAUCCGCGAGAUGAUUCUGGAAUUCGUGCGUCAUCCAACCUGCAUCAUUUUGGCUGUGACAGCUGCAAAUGUGGACUUGGCGAAUUCUGAUGCCCUGAGCAUGGCACAAUCGGUGGAUCCUGAGGGCGUGAGGACCAUAGGUGUGUUGACAAAGGUGGACAUCAUGGAUCGCGGUACAAAUGCAGUUGCGAUGCUGAAGAAUCAGGUGGUGCCUUUACGCUUGGGUUAUGUGGCUGUUGUCAACCGGAGUCAGGAAGACAUCAACAAAAAGAAGGCCAUGUCUGCUGCCCGCAGAAAUGAGGAGGACUUCUUCCACAGCCAUUUGGAAUAUCGAGAGGUUUCAACCCAGACUGGUGUGCCUCAACUUGCACAGAGGCUGAACAGCAUAUUGGUGGCCCACAUUCAAACCAUUCUUCCUGGACUGAGGAGGGAGAUUGCACGUGAAAAGGAGAAGAGAACAGCAGAACUCAGGGACUAUGGCGAUGCACCACCUACAGAUUCGGCGACAGCAAGGGGUGCCAUGCUCUUGGGUUUGUUGAGCGAGUAUUGUCAACGUUUCGCAUCCAUGUUGGAUGGACGGAGUGAAAACGUGCUUGCAGGUUUGGCAGGUGGUGCCAAAAUCCGUGACAUUUUCCAGAAUCAAUUUGUGAGACAGUUGACGGAGUUAGAAUGGAGGGCCGACCUGUCCUCAGAACUCAUCCGCACCACCAUCAGGAACAGCUCCGGGGUGUCUGGCUCACUCCUGAUCCCCCAGGAGCCCUUCGAGAUUUUGGUGCGCAGGUCCAUAAAACGCCUGCUGGAACCUGCCCUGCGCUGCAAAGAUGCUGUACAGAAUGAACUGCUCAGAUUGGCAGCAGACUGUGCCCCACAAGAGCUUUCCCGAUUUUCUGCGCUUCAGCGUGGCCUGUCUAUAGCAGUUGGGGAGUACAUUCGCGCAGGUGGGGAGCCUGCUGACCAAAUGAUUCGUAGCCUGAUUGACUGUGAACAUGGCUACAUCAACUACGAUCACCCUGACUUCAUUGGGGGGAAAAGUGCAGUUGCUGCAGUUCUUGCAGACAAGAAAAUGCGUUCUGGAAAGAAAAUAGAUUCAGCCAAGCAGCAGGCAGAUGCUGCCCUUGACCAGGGCCUACGGAAUCAGCAGGGCAACACUGACAAUCGUCCCCAACCAACUGUCAUCCGCAAUGUGAGAGGCCCCAGAGUGGAAACAGCUGGCAGCAGUGCCAUGGUUGGACUGAAGGGCAUCAGUGAUAGCAGUGGCAGUUUAUCACAAGCGUCCCAGACUCAAUCUGGUGGCCGGACAGAAUUCAACAAUGAUGGGACACCAGGGGGUGGUUGGUUCAGUUCGCUGUUUACAGGCCGGCCUGAAGUGCCACAGUAUCCCGCCAGCAGCGGGUCUGUGGAUCCGCCAGCAUCGUCAUCUUCACCUACUUCGAUGCCUGAUGAAAACUCAGAGACGCAUCGACAGAUCGACAUCGCUGUUGACAUCACAAGGAAGCUCGUUGACAACUACAUGAACCUAGUGCAGGGCAACAUAACCGACAUGGUUCCAAAGAUUAUCAUGCAUUAUCUGGUCCAUCGAUCACGGAAGGGUCUGCAGCAACACCUUAUUGGGAAAUUGUACAAGGAGGAGUUAUUUGAUGAACUUGUGAGUGAGCGUGAAGAUGUGAUGAAGAAGCGGCAGAACUGCCAGGCUGCAGUGCGAGCUCUCUCUGAGGCCCUUCACACACUUGACGCCAUGCCACAGGAGCUUGCUGAACACCAGUGUCCAUCUUUUAUUCGGCAGAAUUCUGGCUUUGGAGAAUCGAUUGAUCGCAUUAAGACUUCAACAGGUGGCCACCGACGAUUCACAGCAGGAGACCGCCACCCAUCCCUGCCAAGAGCAGCCACGCAGAAGGCGUUACGCCAUUCAUCCCUCGGCCCAGGGGAUGGAAAAGCAAACCCUUUUGCAUUCCCUUCAUAG